AUGCUCUCGUGGCUUGUGGUCGCCUCUGAAGGUUGCAGUAUGUGGUGGGCUGAGACGUGUGCACCAAUAGCUACAGUUGCUCCAACGGUGGAAGAUGUGCAGACUGAAACCCAGGUGCUGGAGGAGUCCCCAAAAGAGAGGAAGUUGCUUCUUGGGGAAGGGCUGGAGAAGCAUCCUUUGGAGAACAGGUGGGCCUUAUGGUUCUUCAAGAAUGACAGGAACAGAGCUUGGCAAGAUAAUCUUCACCUAGUUACCAAGUUUGAGACUGUGGAGGACUUCUGGGCAAUCCACAGCCACAUCAAACUGGCCAGCAAACUGUCCUCAGGCUGUGACUAUGCCCUUUUCAAGGAUGGCAUUGAGCCUAUGUGGGAAGAUAGCAGGAACAAACAUGGUGGCCGAUGGCUGGUCAGCUUGGCCAAACAACAGCAUCAAAGCAACCUGGAUCGGCUCUGGCUAGAGAUGCUUCUUUGUCUGAUUGGGGGGGCCUUUGAGGAAUACAGUGAGGAAGUGUGUGGGGCUGUGCUCAAUGUUCGCACCAAGGGGGACAAGAUAGCCAUUUGGACCAGUGAGGCUGAGAACCAGCCAGCUGUCACCUUUAUUGGACGUGUCUACAAGGAGAGUCUGGGACUCUCUCCGAAGGUCAUUAUUGGCUACCAGGCUCAUGCAGACACAGCCACCAAGAGCAACUCUUUCACCAAGAACAAAUUUGUGGUGUGAGGUCCUAGCACGUACACAGGUUCUUCUUACUCUGGACUAUAAUAGUGUUCUCUCCCCACCACACCCCUCAUUUCACCUGAAUUAAAAAUGAACAACAAAAAAAGCAAA